AUGGGUGACGAUGCUCCGUUAAUAGAUGCUUUGCUUCAGGGUCUAUCUACUACUUUCAAGAUCCGGGAUCUUGGUACACCAGGAUUCUUUCUGGGCAUCGAAACAUUAAAACAGGAUGACGGUCUUAUGCUCUCUCAACGCUGCUACAUGAAUGAUCUCCUGAGUCGAGCAGGAAUGUCAGAUUGCAAACCGCUUACAACUCCAGCGGCUGUUACACAAGUCGUUUCCCCCUCAGAUCAACCAUACGAGAAUCCCACACAAUACAGGCGCUUAGUUGGGGCUUUACAGUAUCUCACGAUCACACGACCAGAUCUUUCCUAUGCUGUGAAUCGUCUUUGUCAGUUCAUGCAUGCGCCCACAACAGAUCAUUGGGUUCUAUUGAAGCGGGUUUUACGCUAUAUCAAAGGCACCUUGAACUAUGGGUUACGGUUGUCUCCGUCCACAUCCCCCGACAUCCAUGCUUUCUCUGACUCUGAUUGGGCCGGUUGUCCGGUGGACAGAAAGAGCACUAGCGGGUAUGCGGUCUUCUUAGGCACUAAUCUUGUUUCGUGGCUAUCCAGGAAACAGCGCACGGUAGCCCGCUCUUCGACUGAAGCCGAGUACAAAGCCCUAGCUGAUGUCUCAGCCGAGGUCACAUGGAUUGUCUCUCUACUCCGAGAACUUGGGUUGCACUUUGGGAAUCCUGCCACUCUUUGGUGUGACAACUUAGGUGCUACUUAUCUUUGUGCGAACCCGGUUUUUCAUGCCCGGACGAAGCAUGUGGAGAUUGAUUUUCAUUUUGUCAGGGACAAGGUUGCAGCAGAUGAUUUUAUCGUUAAUUUCGUGUCUACGAAGGAUCAGCUUGCAGAUAUCUUCACCAAACCACUACCGGGGCCGCGGUUCGUGACUCUUCGUGACAAGCUCAGUGUGGCUACACACCACCCUUGUGCUUGA